GGGAUCUUUGUGAUAUCCAAUUGCAUCUCCAUUCCCCCAUCUCACUCAAAUUUUGCUAAACAUUUUUGGUUUUUGUCAUAUAUUGAUUUUCUAUCUCCAUAUUCUAUUUGACUCAAAAAAAAACCUAUCUCAAGUUUCAUCAUUUCUUAUACUCUUAUAUCAAUUCCUCGACUACUACUCCUAUAGUCCCUAUUAGUACCUUUUUAGUAAGCAUUAGUAUUAUUUACACUUUGCUAAGCUAAAAGCCUUUUAGCAAUCAAUUUGUUGCCUGCCAUCAAUCUCAAAAAGAACAGCCGUCAGACACAAAAGCAGACCCAAAACCUUCCAAAAAACCCAACCAAAACCACUCAACCAUGGUGGUUUCUUCUUCUAUAUUACCAUCUUCCUCUCAUGGUGUCUUCUCCAACACAUUGUCUCCAUCUCAUAUCACCAUCUCCAGAUUCUAUCUUCCUUCUUUAACUCUUCCGUCUAACUUUUCCCUUCACUCUUCUCCUCUUUUAAGGAAGAAUUUGGUAUCUCAAUGGGGAAAUCGGUGUCCGUGUCCUGCUUCCAUCAAUGCCUCUGUCAAAGCUACUUCUUUGGAGGGGGCGGUUGAAGAGAUCAAGUUACCUAAAGGUGACAUGUGGUCUGUUCAUAAAUUUGGUGGGACUUGCGUUGGAAGCCCAGACCUGAUCAAGAGUGUUGCUGAAAUAGUUGCAAACGACAAUGCGGAGAGGAAGUUGGUGGUUGUAUCUGCCAUGUCAAAGGUGACUGACAUGAUGUAUGACUUAAUUAACAGGGCUCAAUCACGGGAUGAUUCGUUUUUGACCGCCUUGGAUGCUGUUUUAGAGAAACACUCUUUGGCAGCAAAAGAAAUAUUGGAGGGCGAUGGUCUUUUAAGUUUCUUAUCAAGGUUACAUGAUGAUAUUAAUAAUCUUAAAGCAAUGCUGCGUGCUAUAUACAUAGCUGGGCAUGCAACUGAGUCAUUCACGGAUUUCGUUGUUGGACAUGGAGAGUUAUGGUCUGCACAUUUGCUAUCACUUGUCAUUAAACAGAAAGGAUUUGAUUGUACGUGGAUGGAUGCCAGGGAGGUCCUUGUUGUAAAUCCAACAAGUUCCAAUCAAGUUGAUCCAGAUUAUGUAGAAUCUGAAAGAAGACUAGACAAAUGGUUUUCUUAUAACCCAUCAAGUAUCAUUAUAGCAACUGGCUUUAUAGCUAGCACCCCUCAAAAUAUUCCAACUACACUUAAGAGGGAUGGAAGUGACUUUUCUGCAGCUAUAAUGGGUGCUCUACUUAGAGCUCGUCAAGUUACAAUCUGGACAGAUGUAGAUGGUGUUUAUAGUGCCGAUCCAAGGAAAGUGAGUGAAGCCGUGAUUCUUCAUACAUUAUCUUAUCAAGAGGCUUGGGAGAUGUCAUACUUUGGGGCAAAUGUAUUACAUCCUAGGACCAUCAUUCCUGUGAUGCAUUAUGCCAUUCCGAUUGUAAUCAGAAAUGUAUUUAACCUUGCGGCUCCUGGAACAAAGAUUUGUCGUCCUUCAGCCGAAGAAAAUGGCGAGUAUUUGCAAUCUCCUGUCAAAGGGUUUGCAACAAUAGAUAAUCUGGCCCUUGUAAAUGUUGAGGGUACUGGUAUGGCUGGUGUCCCUGGGACUGCUAGUGCCAUUUUUGGUGCGGUUAAGGAUGUCGGGGCAAAUGUUAUUAUGAUCUCUCAGGCUAGUAGUGAACAUUCUGUCUGCUUUGCCGUGCCUGAGAAGGAAGUAAACUCUGUGGCUGACGCUUUACGUUCUCGAUUUAGCCAAGCUUUGGAAGCGGGACGUCUUUCUCAGGUUGCUGUUAUUCGAAAUUGCAGCAUUUUGGCAGCAGUUGGGCAAAAAAUGGCCAGUACACCCGGAGUUAGUGCCACUCUUUUCAAUGCACUUGCAAAGGCCAAUAUUAAUAUCCGAGCUAUAGCUCAAGGUUGUUCUGAAUACAACAUUACUGUAGUAGUCAAGAGGGACGAUUGUAUCAAAGCCCUAAGGGCGGUUCAUUCUAGGUUCUAUCUUUCACGAACCACACUUGCUAUGGGAAUCAUAGGUCCCGGAUUGAUCGGGGCAACUUUGCUUGACCAACUUCGUGACCAGGCAGCUGAAUUAAAGGAGAAGUUUAAUAUUGAUUUGCGUGUUCUGGGAAUCACAAGUUCAAAGAAUAUGCUUCUCUCUGAUUCGGGAGUUGACUUGUCUAAUUGGAGAGAACUACGGAGUGAGCAAGGACAAGUGGGCGACUUGCAGAAAUUUGUUCAACAUGUUCAUGGCAAUCAUUUUAUCCCGAACACCGUGUUAGUAGACUGUACGGCUGACUCUUAUAUUGCUAGCCAUUAUUAUGAAUGGUUGCGUAAAGGAAUUCAUAUAAUCACGCCCAAUAAGAAGGCGAACUCUGGACCUCUUGAUCAGUAUUUGAAGCUGAGAUCUCUACAACGGCAAUCCUAUACACAUUACUUUUAUGAAGCUACAGUUGGAGCGGGUCUUCCAAUAAUCAGUACUUUAAGAGGUCUUCUCGAAACUGGAGACAGGAUCUUGAGUAUUGAAGGUAUUUUUAGUGGGACCCUGAGCUACAUAUUCAACAAGUUCAAAGGUGGCAUAAAAUUUAGUGAGGUCGUGACCGAGGCAAAACAAGCUGGUUAUACAGAGCCUGAUCCUAGGGAUGAUCUUUCUGGAACUGAUGUUGCUAGAAAGGUAAUUAUUCUGGCUCGAGAAUGUGGUUUGAAGCUUGAACUAUCAGAUAUUCCUCCUGAAAGCCUUGUACCAGAACCUCUAAGAGUUAUUGCGUCAGCCGAUGAAUUCAUGCAACAACUUCCUCAGUUCGAUGAUGACUGGGCGAAGAAAUUGAAAGCCGCUGAAGACGCAGGAGAGGUUCUAAGAUAUGUGGGAGUAGUAGAUGUGAAGAACAAGACGGGACUUGUGAAGUUGAAGAGCUACAAAAAGGAUCAUCCGUUUGCUCAACUCUCAGGCUCAGACAAUAUAAUCUCGUUUACUACAGAACGAUACAAGGUACAACCUCUUAUAGUUCGAGGUCCUGGUGCUGGAGCCGAAGUUACUGCUGGUGGAGUAUUUAGCGACAUUCUACGCUUGGCCUCUUACCUUGGUGCCCCGUCUUAAUAGGCUCUGAAUUCCGUAGGUUUAGGCUGAUAACUCAGAUGUGGUGUAGUUUGUACCAAGCUUUUGUUUCAGUUUCCGGAUUUUCGUGUUAAAAUUUGUGGAUUAUGUGCUAAGUUUGCAUGUAUAUUUAAACUGUAAGUUAUUUCCUGGGAAAUGGACAAUUCUUAGGGACAUUGUUUUGGUACUUGUCAUAGUUUUCAUUCCUUUUAGCUGCUCAUAAUAUGACAAUAUGGACAGAUUUCUCUUUGCUUCUCA